AAUUCGUGUUGCAACAUACGCAGAGAUCGACGGCAGUGGUCAUCUGGAGAAACAAAGAUAUUCCUAACCGUUUUGAGAGAGACUGGGAGACUACACGUGAGCUGUAAAGGAUUACUGCAAUCACAAACGGAUUACAAUAGAGGAAUUUUGCGAAAUAGCGUAAUCAAUAGCCAUGAGAUCAUUUUCGUCACGUGAUUAAGCAUGGCCAAUCGGAGCGAGCCAAGUCCAGUCGAAAGUAUGCUCUUUGUUCGGAUAUUUUCCGAACUUUAUUCCAAAAUCCGAGCCUAAUACUUUAUAUAAAUUACAACGUGUGGAUAUGGAGUGACGUUUUUAUGAGAACGGAUACGUCGCGGAGAUGUUUCAUUACGUUUUUUGAGGAAUGCCACGUGUUCAAGUUUUGAUAAACAGUGCGCUGAGGCUUUGAGGCUUAUUUCAUCACAUGACUCCCCUCCCCCACCCAGCGUAGGGAAUGGGGGAAGAAGGCGGACAUGUUUGAGGGAAAUGUGUUGGUUAAAAAGUAUCGAGGUGGAAGACAAGAAGAUUGAUUCAAGAAAGGUUGCGCAUUAUUUGGGAUUUACCAUUCGACAUUUGUAUUUUUUUUAAUUCAAGGUUUUUAUGUUAUACUUUGGAAAUAUUUGUCUUUUUGUUUUGGAUAAUUUAACUUUACAUUUAAAACGUCCACUAAGUUGUUGUUUUUUUUUACAGCGUGAAGUUAUCGAAACGUUAGUAUUAUUUAAUAUAGUAAGGUCCUAGUGCUACUUUGUAUCGUUUAUUUGAGUGACAUUGUAAGGAAUUUGUAACCUUGGUGUGGGGGAUGGGCGCAUGUGGUUAGGUAACCAUUUUGUAUGGUUGUCGAAUUUGUGAAGUAUCGGUCUCGUUUAAAGAUAAGAAUUCUUGUGAAUAUUUACUCAUUUGGUAGUUUUUUUAUUGUAUGAUUUUAAAAUAACGUGUUUAGUCUCAUGUGUAAACUCAGUGGUUGGUGGUAGUUCCAUUUACAAACUCACAUAGGAUUUCCUUUGUGAUUUCCUUUAUCGCGUAAAUCAACGUUAUUGUGGGUGAUUGCAGUUGUGCAGCCUUUACUCGGAUCCAAUUGAGUUUUGAGGUCAGUGAGGAAAACUGCUGUGUCAUUCAGUGAAUAGGUGGUAGUUAUUACCCUGCUAGGUGUGGUCUUUUGUUGUUUGUUGAACUGAACGGGGUCUACAGCUUCUCUGGUAUACAUUCACUUAGAAAUGCAAGGUUGGAUGUGGUCGUAGUCUUGCUUUGCUGUUUUUGAACCAUAGAGGCCUCGUUUGUCUGAUCUUAUAUUGUGGCCUUGAUCUGCAGUAGAUCAACUUUACUUAUUUCAGUUGUUUGUAAGCGACAUUUCAAGCAUUUUGUAUAUCUUGUAAUGUUUUAUCUCCCUUAUUGUGAAUAAUUCUAUAUAUUCUAUAUUAUACUCUGUGUCACUGUACUCAAAGAUGGCGGUUGUACGUGUCUGCUAAAGACAUAAGUGGAGAACGCGAGGGGAGAGGCCGUGAGACUUCGCUCUUGAGGGGUACGCGUGAUCCAGUGGAAUAACCAAUAGGCUUCUUGGUAUUUACCCUGGAAGCCCGCGUUGCAACCGUAUUGACCAAUCUCUGUUGUCGCUUUGCACACGUUGACGUAAUGUAAUAUGAUAAGGAGGAGGGUGGCCUCGGUGCGCUCGCAUUUUGUGUAGGAUUAUAUUGAGGAACCAGUUACAGACAGUACUUCUGUAAUACUGAAUAGGCUGGGCCAAUAGUAACGUACAGUUGCCUUGACGGACAGCAGAAGCUUGCGAAUAGGUUGUCCUGAAAGAUUGGCAGGGAAGCCACAGUACUGAGGGGUGUGGCGGCUUUGACCGACAUCGGAAGUAGCAAAUAGAAACUCCGAGGGCGUGGACAGUUGAGGUAGUCUGUCCAAUAGGGUGGAUGGUUGGUCUAUAAAUGCACGGGUGUAGUCGCAUCGUCGCCAUUUCAACGAAGCCGAUUAAGGGAGUUCACUGUGGCGGGGAGCGGAGAAAACUGACGAACAGAGACGGAUCCAGGUCCGAGUCUAGCUAAAAACAGAAUCCGGAUCCAUCCUGAUGGAUAUGGCUGUUAACCCCCUCCUUGACAGCUCCCAUGUCGGGGUUGAGGUUGGCAUAAUGGGAGUCACAACGAUGGACCAGAGCUCUGGCACAGCUGGAAAACGCAUCCGGAAACCUUCACUGCUCUAUGAGGGCUUUGAGAGUCCUGGGAUGCCCCCCCUCAAUCAGAUGGUCCAUUUGGGACCCCCACAGCCCCCAGUGAAAGACCCCAGCCGACAGGGGAAGAUGACCAACCAACUUCAGUUCCUACAGAAAGUCCUACUCAAGUCUUUGUGGAGGCACCACUUUGCCUGGCCCUUCCAUGAACCCGUAGAUGCGCUCAAGCUCAACCUGCCUGACUACCAUAAGAUCAUAAAAACUCCCAUGGACAUGGGCACUAUUAAAAAGAGACUGGAAAAUAACUUCUACCGCAGUGCCAGUGAGUGCAUGCAGGACUUCAACACCAUGUUCACCAACUGCUACAUUUAUAACAAGCCUACAGAUGACAUAGUACUUAUGGCCCAGUCUCUUGAGAAGGCGUUCCUACAGAAAGUAGCUCAGAUGCCCCAGGAGGAGCUAGAGCUGCCUCCUCCCCCUCCACGGAGCAAACCGGGCAAACCUGGCAGAAAAGGCAGAGGUAUUGCAGUCUCUGGAGGAGUGACAACAGCUCAUCAGGUUCCAGCUGUCUCCCAGUCAGCGUACUCACCUCCCACCCCAGAAACACCUGACUCCAUCCUCUCAACCCCCCCACAGACACUUCUGACAAAGAGCCUGUUACCUUCCCUUCCAACUGAACAAAGCAUCCCAACCAUUACGGGUCUGCCUCCCACCCAGCCCACUGCUAAGAAAAAGGGUGUGAAGAGGAAAGCAGACACAACUACCCCAACCACUGUAGCCAUGCCCAUCAUGAGCACCAUGGGCGUCAGUGGCAUCAGCCUGGGGAUGGGCGGUGGGCACGACUCCCCGCUGACCCUCACUUCUCUGGGAGUGGACCAUAACACCAGCCUGGGGAUGAGCCAAGGACUCAGCCUCAGCCAGGGCAUGGCCAUAGGUAUGGGCUGUGGUACAGUAAUGAUGGGUACCAAAGCAACAGCAGGAGGCAGGAGAGGAGUGAGUGGACGACCCAUCAAGCCCCCCAAGAAGGAUUUGCCAGAUUCCAUGUUGCCACCACCAGUACGGCGCAGCAAGCUUGGCCCGCAGUUGCGCUACUGCAAUGGUGUGCUGAAGGAGCUGCUGUCGAAGAAGCACGCAGCUUACGCCUGGCCCUUCUACAAACCCGUCGACGCCUCCUCCCUCGGUCUUCACGACUACCACGACAUCAUUAAGCAGCCCAUGGACCUCAGCACCAUCAAGCGGAAGAUGGACAGCAGAGAGUACCGCGACUCCCAGCAAUUCUCUGCUGAUGUGAGACUAAUGUUCUCCAACUGCUACAAGUACAACCCACCUGAUCAUGAUGUGGUGGCAAUGGCCAGAAAACUUCAGGAUGUCUUUGAGUUCUGCUUUGCUAAGAUGCCAGACGAGCCUCCAGCACCCCAGAGCUCUUCGUCGUCGUCCUCCUCCUCUUCAUCGUCAUCCGAGAGUGAGCUAAGCAGUGAAAGUGAGGAAAGUGAGAGCAGUCCCAGCUCCGACUCUGAGGAGGAGAGGGCAAACCGGCUGGCAGAGCUGCAGGAACAGCUAAAAGCCGUACACGAACAGCUCACUGCACUCUCCCAGGGCCCCAUCGUCAAACCCAAGAAAAAGAAAGAGAAGAAGGACAAGAAAAAGAAGAAAAAGGUAGAAAAGGAGAAGCAUCGGAGGAUAGAGGAAGAGCUGCCGCCUAUUAAACCAGCCAAGGCCCCCAAGAUCACCAAGACUCCAAAAACAAAGAGCAACCGGGCGACGGCGUGUCCUGUAAUACCGAUUAAGAAGGCACCGAGCAAGAAAAACAACAAGAGCAAAUCCAAAAAAGGUGCCAUGACGUUUAGCAUGCCUCAGCCGGUCCACGAUCCCAUAGUCAGUCACUUUGACUCAGAUGAAGAGGAGGAGACGGCACCCAUGUCGUAUGAUGAGAAGCGUCAACUCAGCCUGGACAUCAACAAGCUGCCGGGUGAGAAGCUGGGCCGGGUUGUUUACAUCAUCCAGUCCCGCGAGCCCUCGCUCAGAGACACCAACCCAGAGGAGAUCGAGAUAGACUUUGAGACACUGAAGCCAUCAACGCUGCGGGAGCUGGAGAGAUACGUCAUGACGUGUCUGAGGAAGAAACCUCGAAAGCCAUAUGCAAGUAAAAACAACAUUGCGGGCAAGUCCCGGGAAGAGCUCGCUCUGGAGAAACAGAUGGAGCUCGAGAGAAGGCUGAUGGACGUCAGUGGUCAGCUCAACUCUGGAAAGAAGCCUCCUAAGACCAAACCAGAGAAACCUGCAACAGAGCCGCACACCCAGCCGUCACGUCUCAGCGCCAGUAGCUCCUCCUCAGACUCGUCUUCAUCAUCCUCGUCCUCCUCAUCCUCAGACACAAGCGACUCAGACUCUGGCUGAGAGGCAGAGGGUUUCCGUAUGAGAAAGGGUCACGCGAGGGGCCCUGAGCAUUUCGCUUCCCACCGAGUGGACUGAACUGCAGUCGAGCUACUGAUGAUGGAGCCGCAGGACGGAUCAGACGAGACCAGCACUAGGCAGAACUGGUCUGACUCAACAAGUGUCAAACCAAGAAAGAGAGAGGGAGCUUUCCCUGCGCUCAACUCAUUCAUCCGAUCCUGUCAUGGACACAGAAGUUUAGGAUGGAUGAAUGAAUGGAAAGAGGGGAGACUCAUUGCUGUUCUCUGGAGGACUGGCCUUGUUGGACAGAGCGAGGGACGCUCCAUCUCCUGCAAAAUAAAGAAAGGAGAAGAGCGAAGCAUGCGUUGGAGGGAUAAGGGUGCUAGAGCCAGAAUCUGUCUUAUUUCUGGAGAUAAUUUCCCUUCUUCCCGUGCUCUCUGUCUUUAUGCUGUAUAGAUAAGGUGUACAGUUAUAUAAAUAUCUAUUUUUCUUUUAUAAAGAAGCAUUUUAUGGAGCUAAUUUAUUCCCUCAUUCGGGGAAAGAUGAACUGGUGUGGGCAGAGUUGUGUUUUAGUUUGUGUUUUUUUUCUUGAGUGACAGAAGGUAGAGGGGAAACACGUGCGUAUGUGUGUGUGUGAAUGCGAGUGUAUGUGUGUGAAUGUGUCACGUAUGUGUUUGCAUGCACAUAUGGGAGUGUGAGAUCCGGCACCACAAGUGCAGCCUUGUGAAGUUCCUCAUAGUUUUGACGCAGGCGUUGAAAAUCAGUCUGCACGCAGAAGCACCUUGGUUCAGUGAAAUACAGAAUGCAUGCAAUACAGAGCAGCUGACAAACAUCUGCAUACCCAUGUACUACUUUACUGCAUCCUUGUGUACUCAUGUUCUUGUUUGAAAGGGUUAGCCACUGUACAGAAAUGUGACCCAAUGACACAUCAGUUUAUACAUGAAUAUUUCUGUUCCCAUGUGUGCCGUCUUUUUUUUUUCAUCCAUUUCUCUGUAAACGUGUUGCUUUUUUUUUCUUCUUGUGACCAAUCUGCUAAUAAAUUGUGAGGACGUGUCUUGUCCACUCACCUGUGCCCAAAUAACAUCUUGAUUCUUUUGAUUUCUUUUGGUGUUGAUGUCUGUUUGACUUGAGUCACAAAACAUCUGACUAGACUUUUUGAAGUUGCACGAAAAGGUUUUGCUGGUUCUUACAUUUGAUAUUUAUUCAAGGAAGUGAAGCCUUUUGGGUUGAUUUCCCAUGGACCAUCACUUCUUAACACCGUGGUGUCACAACAGCAAAACUGCUUUGUUUUUGAAACUAUUUGGCCUUUGAGAUCUAUGGCAGCUGAAAGUUUUAUUUUCUGUAUUGAGUUUUGUUUGAGAGUAAGUUUAUUUGUUUGUGAUUAAAAAUGUUAGUAACACCAGGUUCUCACCAGCAGCUUUAGGUUGUGGAUGGUGAGAUUUUCUCUUCCCUCUUUGAGGUUUUAUUUUUGUUUCUUUAAAGGAAAGCAAUGUGGCUGGUGAAAACAUGGAAGUGGCUUUUUAAAUUUUGGGAUCCAGCGGUCGGUUUAAUCAGUAGACAAAAAAGAUGGUUUAAUGUUGUGAGUAAUAACAAUGCACUGUUUGUUUGGUGGUGCUACUAAACAAGUUUGUGGUGUAGGUAAGGCGUGUAUCCUUCUUGUUCUUUUAAAAUCGCCUGUGGCUUGAGAUUGAAGUAUUGUAUGUUUGAAAGUGAUUAUUUAUAAGAAAUAUGAAUGGAGAUGCUUUUUUUCCCCAUAACACUGAAAGUAAUCAAACGCUUUUAAGUCGACGUCUACUCUUUGAAAUAUGCACAGAUUUAACUGUCAGGAUUGUAGAAGUGUACAUAUUUUACAGUCUCAAUCUUCGAGCAUGUUUUUGUUUUUUCCCUUCAGUAACUUAGUCGAACCUUUUCUCUGUCCAGCAAAGGUUUUUUUUUUUUUUUUUUUUUUUUGGGCUACAGUUCUAAAACAAAAUACUCCAGAGUUGUCAGUCUUACUUUUCUGAAGUUUGUCAGAAAUCUGAAUGCCUCUGUACUUGACUCCAUCGUUUCAUCUGAACAUCUGUAUAUAAAUAAACUGGGACAUGUUCA